GUUGUGGUCAAUUCGAACUUUUAGCAUGCUUGUUUGCUAAAUUCUGGUUCGAGCAUAAUUUAGAUAUUAAGUUUCAGCUUAUCAUUCUAUGUAAAAUUUACUUAAAAACAAAAUGUAUUCGAUGAGAAAUUCAUUGACUGUUGGUUUGGUAGCUUUUGUUGCCUACUGUGUUUAUUUUGAUCGUAAACGUCGAAGUGCUCCAGAUUUCAAAGCUAAACUCAAAGAAAAACGUUUAAAAGCCAAACGAUCAAAGGAAAAUUCAAUGGAAUCUGAUAUUCCAUUAUUUACUGAUCCAAGUGAAUUACAACCAUAUUUCUUGAAAGAAGUACAAGCCAGCGAUGAUCUUUUAAUGAACGGUGAUUAUGAAAAAGCCGCUUUUCAUUUGGCCAACGCAACCGUAGUUUGUGCGCAAAAGUCCGAAUUUCUAGCGAUGAUGCAAAAAACAUUACCAGAUCCUGUUUUUCAAAUGUUGCUACAAUAUUAUCAUGCUGCUAAUGAUCGCUAUUUGAAAAAAGUUAUGGCCCAUGAAAUUCAAAAACAAAUGUCUCAAUCAAAACAACCAAUGAUCGAAUCGAAACCGAAACAAUUCGAUGAUACCGAUAUCGAAUAAUUAGUAAAGAUUAAAGAGUCGAAAAUGUUCAUUGGGCUGUUGUAUUUUCUCAUUUAAUUGU